GAGGGCAGCCUGGCGGCGCUGAGGGCGGCCAAGCUGGCCACCGCCAUCUCCGCCAUCAAGGGGGGGGGAUCUGCCUGCGCGGGCCGCUGGAAAAGGAGCUCGGCGCGUCCGCGGGCGCCGCUGACUCCAGCAAUUAUCGAAGAGCCCCACAAGAAGCCCAUCGAGCACGCGCCCACUUUCUCGGAGGAGAGGCCCACCGCGGAUAUGGUCAGGGAGCUACAGGCCCUCGCUUACUGCGAGGGCUCGCGCCUAG